UAGUUAAAGCAUCUCCCCCCACGUUCCUCCUCGAAACACCCACGCAAUGAAGGGCCUCAGCCUCCUCGCCGCUGCGUCGGCAGCGACUGCUCAUACCAUCUUCGUGCAGCUCGAGUCAGGGGGAACGACCUAUCCGGUAUCCUACGGCAUCCGGGACCCUAGCUACGACGGUCCCAUCACCGACGUCACCUCCGACUCACUGGCUUGCAAUGGUCCCCCGAACCCCACGACGCCGUCCCCGUACAUCAUCAACGUCACCGCCGGCACCACGGUCGCGGCGAUCUGGAGGCACACCCUCACAUCCGGCCCCGACGAUGUCAUGGACGCCAGCCACAAGGGGCCGACCCUGGCCUACCUCAAGAAGGUCGAUGAUGCCUUGACCGACACGGGUAUCGGCGGCGGCUGGUUCAAGAUCCAGGAGGCCGGUUACGACAAUGGCAAUUGGGCUACCAGCACGGUGAUCACCAACGGUGGCUUCCAAUAUAUUGACAUCCCCGCCUGCAUUCCCAACGGCCAGUAUCUGCUCCGCGCCGAGAUGAUCGCGCUCCACGCCGCCAGCACGCAGGGUGGUGCCCAGCUCUACAUGGAGUGCGCGCAGAUCAACGUGGUGGGCGGCUCCGGCAGCGCCAGCCCGCAGACGUACAGCAUCCCGGGCAUCUACCAGGCAACCGACCCGGGCCUGCUGAUCAACAUCUACUCCAUGACGCCGUCCAGCCAGUACACCAUUCCGGGUCCGCCCCUGUUCACCUGCAGCGGCAGCGGCAACAACGGCGGCGGCAGCAACCCGUCGGGCGGGCAGACCACGACGGCGAAGCCCACGACGACGACGGCGGCGACGACCACCUCCUCCGCCGCUCCUACCAGCAGCCAGGGGGGCAGCAGCGGUUGCACCGUUCCCCAGUGGCAGCAGUGCGGUGGCAUCUCGUUCACCGGCUGCACCACCUGCGCGGCGGGCUACACCUGCAAGUAUCUGAACGACUAUUACUCGCAAUGCCAGUAAGGAGGAGGAGGAGGCUUGCAAGGGCUCGCUCCGUCGAGGGGUUGUUGGCGGGUCGGGGUGGGAGAACGCAUAGCAGGAACGAUGCAUGACUUGGUUCGACCGAGGAUGGUCUGUACAUAGCUUGCUUCGCUUCUAUCGUCUAUAUAUAUGAAACCUUUGCAUCCGGGCGGGAAUCCACCCGGAAUUUCGCACACAUAGACCCCAUGACAUCAGCAUCCCCAGCACCAGUCAACUCCUGCCCAGAUCCCUCCUGACCCUCCACACCUUACUCCCCACCGCCCGCCUCUGGCUCCCGUGCAGCACUUCCACCCACGGCACCUCCAUCCCUUCUUCACCCGCCACCAUCCUCUCUUCCUCCUCCUCCUCUUCUUCUUCUUCCCCCUCCACUUCCACAUCAUCCUCAUCAUCCCCCUCGCCCAGCGACGCAGACGCCGACCCCGAUUCCGAAUCCGUAGCGGAAUCCGCAUCCCGCCCGGAACCGGCACGCGCCGCCCCCCGCCGGCGGCGGCUGCGGUACAGCCCCUCGCUGUACGCCCAGCUGGGCGGGUCGAAUCGCCCGGCCACGAGCACGAGCUCCUCGCCGCGCAGGCCGGCGACGGUCUCCGGCGCGAGCGGCGUCAGCAGCUGCAGCUCGCGGCGGGACGUGUCGACGCCGCGGACGAGGACCAGGCCGAGGAGGUGGGAGUGGCGCGGGUCGAGGGUCCGGCCUUGCGGGUUGGGGAUGAGGGGGAGGUCGGUGGGGAGGG